CCAAGUUCCGCAAUGUUUUUUUAAUACGAGUUAUCGUCCCUAACUGUGAAGCUCUCCACUUCCGGGGCGUCAAUACACAAAGCAACAAAAUCGCUGAAGCAAGAAGCGUCGAGAAAAUACACACUAUCGGUAUCGAGGACACUGACAAGCCAGUAUGGGGAAGAAAUAUUGCUGCGUUCCUGGAUGCAGCAACACUUCUCAAACAUUGGAUGAAUAUGGAAAUAAAAUAAUAUUGCAUCGCUUCCCUAUGUCGGAGAAAAAGGCCCAUAUUAAGCGUCUCUGGAUUCAGCGACUUCGACAUGUGAGAGCAAAUUUGGUUGUAAAAGACCACACACGAGUUUGCAGUGUUCAUUUUGAGGGAACAUUUACUGAGGAAUCGAUUCCCACAAUUUUUCCAAGUAAACCCAAAAAGGAAACAAAAUCCCGAAGACCUCUUGUAAGAAAAAUUGAAAAUUCAUUUCAAAAUGAUGGUUCAGGGCAAAGUGAUACUGAAAAUCCACAAGAUAAUCCUGUGUCAAUGUACAAUGAUGUUGCAAUACAAACUGACCUCAAAUAUUUUUAUUCAAAAGAUGCGUACACAAAUACAGAAGAGCAUUGUGUACAUGUUUCAACUGCAACCCAGACGACUGGCAGCCCUUUGUCUACUGUUAAUGCUGAAGUUCAGGCAGAUUUGCCUAGGAUGACAUAUGAAGAUAUGAAAGAUGACGAUUCUAAAACAAGAUUUUAUACAGGUUUUGCAACUUUUCAAAUUUUUUGGAUGUUUUUUGCAGUGCUGAGGCAGAAACAUGGUGCAGAGAAACUCAAUUACUGGGAGGGAGAGACAAGGUCCAUGGGUGAGAAGUCGUAUCAUGAACCAGGGGUUAAAAAGCCUGGCAGAAAACGUUCCUUGAGACCAGUGGAUGAAUUCUUGAUGGUUUGCAUGAGACUUCGUUUAGGGCUGCUUCAGGAACACCUUGCUGAUAUUUUCAGGGUGUCCGAAACGACAGUAUCACGAGUAAUGAACACUUGGAUUAACUUCCUCUAUGAUCACUGCAAAUCCUUAAUAAAGUGGGUCUCCAGAGAGCAGAUUUUGUGUAACUUACCAAAGCUUUUUAGCAUGCACGCAGAUACUAGAAUUGUGCUUGAUUGCACAGAAUUUUUUAUUGAAAAACCGUCCUCUUUAAAGGCACAGUGGAUGACGUGGUCCGAAUACAAACAUUCAAACACUUUUAAAAUAUUGAUUGGUGUGUCACCAAGUGGUAUGGUAACCUUUGUGUCAAGACUGUGGGGUGGGAAUGUGUCAGACAGACACAUUACUCAGCACGAUGGAUUUCUUCCAAAACUGUCACCAGGUGAUGUUGUAAUGGCAGAUAAAGGUUUCACAAUAGAAGAUUUGUUACCAGCUGAUGUUGGAUUGAAUGUUCCACCACGAGUAUCAAGUACAUGCCAGAUGUCAAAACAUGAUUUCUUUAAAACAAAUAGAAUAGCUUCAGCCAGAAUAGUAGUUGAAAUGAAGAUGGAACAGAUCAAAAACUACAAUAUUGUGAACUCAGUUUUACCAAUUUCAGAAGUGCACUUAUCAGAACAAAUUAUAGUUAUCUGUACAUCUUUAACUAACUUAUUGCCUCCACUUCUGAAGUGACAUAAAUAUAAUUAACUAGAUUUUUUUCUGGAUGCCCUAACAUGUAUAAUUAUUUUUAUUCCUGUUAUGAGGAAAUUUACUUUCCAGGAAUUAUUUUUUUAAAUGCAUGAUUAAAAAAACACAUUUAAAGUAUAUCACAUUUUGUGGUUUUCAAGGUGAUGUGAAUUUUGACGAUUCGAUGUGAAAUACAAACAUUCAUUUGAAAAUAAACUUGAAAUAUGUACACUUGGACCUUGAAAUCAUAAAUGAGAUGUGGAUAAAUAAAAUAAAUCACAUAACCUUUUUGUUUUUAUUCAAUAUUUUUACAGAUGAAUCUAAGCUCUCAUGCAAAUAUAAAAGUUUCAGAGUGUUA